AUGGAUAUCCAAGAGAGAGCUGCUCUAAUUGCCUCCCGUCUUAAGGCCGCUACCUAUCCAGGAGAUAAGAAAAGUGCCUUGGAAGAAGCCUUGAAACUCACAGAAGAAGACACCUUAAUUGGCGGUACUUACUUCCUUGAUGUCUUAACUACACUGAUAAAAGACCCAGAAAUAGAAAAGACUCCUUUACUCUAUCAAAUACUCAACCAUAUCUUUACUAGUCCUAACGGUCUAGAGUUCAUGGAUAUCUUUUGCAAGAAAGAUAAUAUUCUUCCCCAGAUAAUAACUUACUUACUUUCACCAACUACAGAUGAGAUACCAGAGUUAAUGCAAACCAUUCGUACAAUUGCCAAACAAAAACAAAAACAACUUACUACUUAUCUAAUCUCAUCUCCUAAUCAAACCAAAGUUUUUGAAGAAGCAUUUUACGGCCGUGAAAUAGUCAUUGAUGUACUAGUUAUUCUCUUCAAAUCAUCCAAUACUCUUAAAAAGCUCCUUAUCUUUAAUGGUUUCUUAGAAGGUAUGCUUAAACUAUCUCAAACGGCUAAAGAAAGAGAAAUAAGUCGUAAGUCUUUACUAUCUAUAGCUGAGUUGCUUAAUAAUUCACCUGAAAGUAUCGAGUACUUUUUAGAACUUAGUUGGUCAACUUGGCUAGCUAAAAUGCUUAAACUUCAUCCCCACCAUACUUUAAAGAUCAUUUAUGUCUUAGCUGCCUUUCCUAAAUCUAAGUCUUUACUUGUCUCUUUCCUUCCUACACUUAUUGAUCUAAAUGAUCUCUUAUCUAUUUAUUUACUUACUACUAAUUCAUCUGAACUUCCUACUAGUCAUCUAAGUCUAACUCAACCACUUCUUAGCCAACUCCAUAAGCUGCUGACUAAAUCCCUUCUAUCUUCAUGUCCCAUGCGCUGGAAUUGUACCUUAGGUAUUUACACUAACUUAUCCCAUUAUAAUAUACUGAGUACUGGUCCUUCUACGUACUCCCUAGGUGAUCUACCCUUCUUAGCCCAACUCAUUGCUUCUCUACCAACUACUACUACUACCCAAGCAACCACCACAACUAACUCAACUAGUCCUACUCUUGAUGAGACAGAUUUAGCCCUCUUCCUCUACAAACUACCCCAAAUCACUACUACUAAACUCAAUUCAGCCCUUACUUACCUUAAAACAGCUGUUCUUCUUUUGCUUAAUCCUCAUCCUGAUCCUAUUAUCUCUAGUCCAGAUAUUCUCUUUGCCCUUCGUGAAAUACUUGAGAAUGAAGAAGUAGCUGCUCCUCUUAAAUCCCUCACUAGUUUCUGGCUUCUUCAAACUUAUCUCUAUCUCCACCGCCACAACGAAGCACAAAUUCAAUCUUCCGUAUUCAAAAACUUACCAAUUACUAUCACUCCUCCCGCCCAGGCCCUUAUUGCCGCACAAUUUACUUCCAUUCCCUCCAAUUGUACUACCCAACACUGCAAGCGCUGCUACUUUGCCGAAAUCUCAGCUACAUCCGCUGCUAUUCCCCCAUCUUUCCACUCUCUCGCCAACCCACUCUGGUUCCCAGCAGCCGCCAUUCCAUCUCUCCUCAGUACGUUCACUCAGUAUCUCACCCUCUCCAUUCCACCCCCAUUCAUUCCCCCGCCCUCUUCCACCACUACUACCACUCCUUCCACCACCACCACCCAAACCAAGACCACUCCACCUAACCCAACAAAACCCACUACAACACCAACCACCCCAACUAAACCCAAUACAACACCAACCAAUACAACCCCUCCCCACUCAACCCAGUCCAUCUUUGAUUUAUAA